UUUUUUGUUGGUCAUCAUCAUGUUUGUUGUUUGACGUGAAAUUUAAUUCAUUUUUAUUUCGUUUCUUAUCAGCCCAUCAGUCUAUAAUUAUCCAAAGUCGUGAAUUAUCGAUAAAUUUAUAGACGGUUUCGUUCGAAAUUAGGUGAAUGUAAAUCGAAUUAACUUGAGUUUGGAAAGUAGCCAUUAGGAACUGACACAGUGAAAGUGUAAAAAACAUGGAUUCGUCAAAUCCAUUUUGUAGUUUAUUUGGCAAUGAAACGACUGCCAAUACACAAGCUCAGCAGACAGCGUCAAAGAUAAAUGCAAUGGAACAAAAAAUCAACGGCCUCAUUGAGCACAUUUUCUCCAUCACCAUCAAUCGAACACCACCGAAGAAUAAGCAAUUAGUUUUCAUGGAAGAUUUGGCCGCAGUAAAUGCUGAAACAACAGUCAUGAACAUGGAAAUAUUGGAGCAAGCACUGUUUGAACGUUUAUUGUUGGGCAAUCCACGCGAUUACCUCAUACCAAAUAAUACGCAAAACGAUGAAACAAAUGACAUUGCCGAAGAUAAAGUGAUUUUAUAUCUUUAUCGAUCCUAUGAGCGUCUGUCAAAAUGGUGCCACAAUCAAAAUAAUUCAUCGUUGAAUGCAGAAUGUGAAACAAUCAAACAGUUGAUUUUACGUAAUGCAAGCACAGCACAAAAACAACCAGAACUGUAUGACAAUCAAUCGUUGUCCGAACAAUGGUUGAGCCUUUUCCGAAAUUAUCAGGACGAAUUCGAGUGUAAAUGUGAAUUUUUAUCGAAAAUUGUUGCUGACGUUGCUGGAGAUAAUGAACCCACGUAUAUGGAAUCACUUCGUAACACUUUCGAUGAUGUAUUUUCAAAUUGUUUACGUUUGGCGAAAAGUGCAACUUUGAUCACAUUGGAAAAAUGGGUUCUAUACACACUGAAAGCAUUCGUUAGCGAUAAAACGAAUGCGAUUCUGGCACAAUUGCUGUUGAAUUACACGACACCGAAGGCUCGAGUGGCUGGCGGAAAAAUCGAGGGCAUUCAAUUUUCUGAAACUUUAUUGGGGGCAUUGUUGUCGCUAUCGAUUUUACCCAAAUCUCAUAACGGACCGUAUGAAUACUUUGAAAACAUGGCUGAUGCACAGUCAAGUUCGUUAUCAAGUUCGCUUGGAAACUACUUGACGUUGCAUUUGGAUGAAUUGCAUGCCAUUGUCAAGGGGUUCCUACUGGUCGGUGGUGAAACACGUAAUCAAAUGCUUGAAUGGAUUGGAUUGUGUUUGCAUUCGAAUGCUGCACGCGGACAAAUUUGGAACGCACAUAAUCCGGCUGCUAUGUUGGGUGCUGUAAAGGUUGUUCCCGAUUCAUUUAUGAUUGGGCUAUGUGGUGUACUGCUUCGACUGUGUAAGCCAUUGUUACGGCCAAACUUCAAGGUACGUGAUGUUGAUCCCACAUAUUUUGCGGUUACAGAAGCCGAUCGCGAUGCAAAAAGCGUCCAUAUGCAUUCGAUUCAUCAGGAAACGUGUUUAAUUCCAGCGCCCGAUGAAAAUCAGGCGCGAAAAACAGCUGAUACGUAUAAUUUUGUGACUGAAGUGUUUUACAUGACACACAAAGCAAUCGACAUGGGAUAUCGGGUGUGCAUUGAAAAAUUUUCACAAAUGAAUCGUGAAAUGGCACGACUGCAGGAUUUAUAUCGUGAUGCGGCCACACAAGGUGGAUCCGAAGUGGCACAAAAUGUCAUGGACGCACUGAAAACUCACAUGCCAAAAUAUCUGUGUCUACAAAAGACAAUCAACGAACCAACAAACGAUCAGUACCUGCUGCAAUUCUUUGAAGCAACAUCACUGUGGUUGACACGAUGCGCAUCACGAAUACCCGAUCCCGAAAAUCCAAGCAAUGAAAUCAUCGUAAAUGAUGUGAAUUUACCGAUUGAAACGCCGGCACCACAAUGUUUAUCAUCCAUUCCAGAAUUUUUGCUUGAGAAUAUUGUCGUUUAUUUGACAUUCAUACAACAUUUUGAACAGCAAACCAUCGAUACCGAUUUGGAUACACAACGAAGCAUUUUUACCGUUUUACUGUUAUUCAUGGGUGACAUGAGCCGUGCACGUAAUCCACAUUUGCGGGCACGAUUGGCCGAAGGAUUGGCAAGUUUUUUGCCAAAGAAAUGCACAUCGUUUAGUUGUAGCUCAAAGUCACAUUUGUUCACACAACAUCCGCAUCGUCUUGAAAUUGUGCCGAAUUUGCUGAGCGUUUUUGUUGGCAUUGAAAUGACGGGUCAAAGCGUACAGUUUGAAAUGAAAUUCAAUUAUCGUCGUCCAAUGUACCAGAUCAUGGAACAUCUAUGGGAACUUGAAGAACAACGGCAACGUUUCCGAGACAUGGCCUUGUUGGCACUCAAACACAUGGAAGAUGUGAAUCCACCAUUGUUCUUACGUUUCAUCAAUCUAUUGAUAAACGAUGCCAUAUUCUUGCUCGAUGAAUCGCUAUCGAACCUACAGCAAAUUCGUCAAUUACAAGUUGCCCAAGACAAUGGCGAAUGGAACAAUCUACCGGCCAACGAACGGGAGCAAAAUCGUGCCAAUUUGCAACACGUUGGUCAUAUGGCCCGGUUGUACAAUGUACUUGGUCGUGACACGAUCAACAUUUUGAAACUCCUCACAUCCGCUGUUCCCGAGAUUUUCGGACAUUUAACGAUGGUCGAUCGCGUUGCUGCGAUGUUGAAUUACUUCUUACUAAAUUUAACGGGACCCAAUCAAGGCAAUUUCAAGGUCAAAGACAAAAAGGAAUUUGAAUUUGAUCCAUCGAAAACGGUGUUGGAAAUUUGUCAAAUUUACAUCAAUUUGGACCAAUGUGCUGGUUUUCGCUUGGCCGUCGUUUCGGACGGACGCUCGUAUUCGUCAAAUCUAUUUGAAUACGCGCAAAAUGUACUUGUAAAAAUUGGUGGUGGUCAAUUGGUUGGGGAAAUAUCCGAUUUUGCGGGAAAAGUUAGCCAAAUGGAAGAGCAAGAAAAGGAGAAUCAAAAGGCACUAGAAGAUGCACCCGAUGAUUUCCUCGAUCCAAUUAUGUCGACACUUAUGACGGAUCCGGUGAUUUUGCCGAGCUCAAAGGUGACGUGCGAUCGCACAACCAUCGCUCGUCAUCUUUUGUCGGACCAAACGGAUCCAUUCAACCGCGAACCACUCACGAUGGAUCAAGUGAAAAGCGACACAGAGCUGAAGGAGAAGAUCGAUGCCUGGAUUCGUGAGCGAAAAAGUCAUAAGGCCACUAAGGAAGAAUAAAGACAUUUUUUUUCGUUUAAAAUUGAGCUUGAAGCCAACAUUGUUAAUAAAACAAUAUCAAUUUAUUAUU